UAUGCCAGCACCUCCCACGUCGUCGGGUCUCCGAGCUCGAGCGUCCUUCCUUUCCGUGACUCUUGUGUUUCGACUCGAUCAUCUCCCAGACUGGGAAGCACGCCCCGAGCUCUGUAUCGUGACGUAGCCUUUUGACAACUCCGGGCAACCUCACCACCACGAACCCAAUAUCGAUAUGCUGCUGGUCCACUGCCAUACCUAGAGAGAGCCGCCAUACAUCCACGAUUAGGUUCCUGGCUCGCCGGACCUGCUGAAUACGACCAGUUGAGCCCACGCGGCAUCCCGUUGCGCACGACGACGCCCAACGGCUCUUCGUUUUACACGCCGUUGUUCAUUCUUUUCCGACCUUCAUUAGUCCCAGUUGCGGGACAGCUGACGGCCAAGACCGCACGCCCCUGAUACUUAAUCCAGUGUCAGAGACACAACCUAAUUAAUACUUUCUACCCACGUUUCGCACACAAUGUCUACGAAUAUCACACAAAACCUCCACGGGCUCUGCCCCAAGCCUUUCUACCAGUCGAGCAACUUCCCGACUGUUGGCGGACACAUUGAUGGCCGGCUGUGCACAAAGCUUUCGGCAACAGUCAGUUGCUGUCUGCCAUGUCCAAUGACGGACUGGACAUAUCCAGACAGCUUCAACAGCAUGUCCACUGUGGCCAACUGGAUCACCGUUGUCUCGAUGAUCUGCUGUGCCUUUUUGCUCCUUUCGUGGACUUUCCUACCGGUCGAGAAGACGCACAGACACUAUCUGAGCAUCUGCCUGACGCUUGGUAUCUGCCUUAUGAACAUGGGCUUCAUCAUCCCGCUUGCUGCCCAGCCUGACGAAUGUUUCAACGAAAUCACUCCGCACAGCAUGGAGACGAGCGCUGUGUGCGCCACGUCAGGCUCUUUCCUCCUGGCAGGAGGGUGGGCAGGCGUCAUCUGGAUUUUUCUCCGCGCCCUCUCCCUGCAUCUGCAGAUCUGCUGGCAAGUAGUGGUGGGACGGACGUACAUGUGGUUUUCCCAGGCCCUGGGCUGGGGGGUUCCCAUCAUCGGUCUCGUCCUUCUACUUGUCUUCAGCGGUGUCUCGUUCCGAUUCGGUGCCACCUGCCACAUCAACCACCAGAACAGCUUGGCUGAUUUCUGGAUUCCACUUCUGGUUUUCGCGGGCUUGACCGUCGUCAUUCAGUUCGCCACCUUUGGAUACUGCAUCAAGGUCUAUCUCGCGUCUCUGUCUGACAACGCCGCCUCUACGGAGAACUCGAACCUGCCCUCAUACACCAACAGCAUCCGCACCAUGUCGCCAAAGCAGGCCUACCGUCGUGUCCGCCGCGUUGUGCAACUCCAGUGGCGUGGAAUCGUCAUCGUGCUCAUCAUUCUUGCUGAUGUCGUCUUCUUCUCGAUCGUCUUUGUUUUUGCCGACAACACUGUCCAACAGAUCAAGGAUGACCCCACGUUGUCCCUGCCCUGGGUCCGCUGCCUCCUCGCCUCUGGCGGCGACAAGACGAAGUGCUUGGAUCUCGCAAAGGACCUCACCAUUAGCCUACCGACCGUUAUUGCUGUCCUGAUCCUGCUAGGAAUGAAUGGUCUCUGGCUCAUGGUGUUGCUCGGCCGCUGGUCCAUGUUUACCGGCUGGGUCGAAUUGUUCCAGUCGUGCGGUGGUCGUCGUAAGAAGGAGUUUGUGUCGGCCGACGCCCGCGUCGAGGCCUACAAAGAACCACGGUCAUAUGAAAUGUUGUCUCGCGACUCCGGAAAGUCGGAAUUCGUGCUGACGCCGCUUAGCGCUGCCAAAUCACCCACGAGCCCCCGCGAUGGGCGCCGCACCCCUGAUUACUUCGGCGGAGCGGCACGAUAUAAGAACGACGAUGGCUCCUUUGGCCCAACCGCCGCCUACCAACCACACACGAGAUCUUUCUCGUCGCCGAAGCCGCCGCAGCAAGUGUCCUGGGACAACAAGCCCCAGUACUACUCACGAUCGCCCCCGGAGGGAUACGAAGGAAUGAACCCACUGGGGAUGAACAGGAUAUAAGUGGGGAUUGCUUGGACAGUAGAGCGGGAAAUAUCGCAGAGCAUGUUUGCCUUUUUGAAAAUUGAAAAGCGUGUGGCAAUCGACCAUUUCUCUCUUUGUUUAUAGAUACGUUCGAACACCAAAAAAAUUGGGAAAACUACCACCA